CGUCCGAAAAGUCGAAAAAAAGACAGCAUACAGCAUGAGGAUGAAAAUAAACUUGUGAACAUUUCGCAAGAGCACGUAGAGCCAUCGUCACCAUCAGCCCCCGGAGAUAAUGUUCGAAAAACGAGCGACGAGUCAUCGACGUCGAAGGAUGACGGUCAGAUUCGUUUGCAGCGUUUCGGUGGUAAAUUCGCUGGUGAAGUCACCAGUGAGGAUAGCUUGGACACUAAAGAUCCUGAAACGUCGCGAAUCGAAGGCAACACAAAAGUAGUAGGUUCGAAUCUUCUUCUGGAAGAGAGCAAGUAUCCGAUAGAGAAGGAAACCGAACUUCCAAAAGAAGGCUUCCAUCUUCAUGAAACACCUCGAGAUCAUGAAGAACAGGCUAGUGGCUGUCAGGUCGACGCGAAAUUGGGCCUGGGGAUCUCUGAGGCCAGUAGUAGAGUUCAAGAGCUCCCGGAGUUAGACGCCCUCAUUGAAAGUGUGAGCAAAUUUCUUGGAGAUGUACCGGAGCCACAAGAAAUAAAUGCACCUGGACACGAAAUAGCUUCAACUACUGACACUUCCGAAACUGAAUGCUCUCAAAUGAGUCGAAACUCAAAACAUGACCGCGAUCAAAAGCUUGAGCAACUGAUCGCCCGCAUUGGUCAACUCAGUGAUCACAAAGUGUUUUGUGAAACAUGCCAUAGAAUGAGAGGAAAGGAGACUGCAGGACAUCCACCAGUUUGUCCAAGAGAACGGAGUAGUCGAUCAAGGAGACGGAUCGGCUCAGCGACUUCACAUGGCUCAUCCUCCAUACGUUCUUCGGAUGGGACAGGAUCAUCCGUUCCCGGCCGCAGAUACCAUCACGGUUUCGUGCCAUCCGUCUCGGCAUCGUCACAUCCAAGCGUAAAGGAGAUUACUGGUCGAGAUCGUUGGAAAAUAUAG